CCAACACAUAUUCAUUGAUCAUAUCUCUUUCGUGGAAGCAUGGGAACCAAAAGAAGCUGCUACUCUUUGGGUGAAGAUCUCAUAGUAGAAAUUCUGUCCAGAUUACCUGUGAAGUCUCUGAUGAGGUUUAGCUGCGUGUCAAAAGAGUGGUAUUCUCUCACCAGAAACUCUUACUUGAUCAAUAUUCACCUUCAUCGCGCUGAUUCGAAUCUCUCUCUUCUCACUCAUGAAUAUGAUCGUGAUAAGCGGUUCAAUACUGAUCCGAAGUUUGGAAUCUCAAUGCUUGGAGAUGAAGCAGCAGACCUUGUGAGUAUAGAUUUACCUAUCUUGUCGAACUCUUCCAAGUUUACAAACAUUGUAGGAUCUAGUAAUGGCUUAGUAUGUCUUGUAGCUAGGGUGAAAAAGAAAAGACGAAAGUUUAUGGAUAGUGCAGAAAUAAUAAUAUGGAACCCAGUAACAAAACAGUUUCGAAGUCUUCCUAAACCUGUACUUGAGGAAAAUUUCCAUCGUUUUGAUCGUCCUACUCUUGGUUUUGGAUUUAGUGAUGAUAACACCGAUGAUUACAAAUUAGUUAAUAUUUUCCAUAAGCAAGUACAAGUCUUCACCCGAAGUACAAAUUCUUGGAGAGAAGUCGAGGGCAAAGGGUAUCCAUCAUGUAAAUAUUGUUAUGGAGAUUUUUGGGUUUCGUUGAAGGGAGUGCUGUAUUGGUCGGCAAGGACCGAUAGAUCCAAGGGCCGUUUUGUUUUGUCUUUCAAUCUGCGUGAUGAGGUAUUUCAUGUCAUACAAUUACCAUCCGGGAAUUAUUGGUACUCUCGACUGCUUCUGUGGAAAAACUCACUAGCAAUCGUGAGCAGGAAUCAGGUUUGGGCGGCGAAGACCGAUGACUCUGAUGAGAGUGGUGACAAUAACAAAAUCGUUUGGACCAAACAAUUUAGCAUUGAUUUUUCAAUAUCACGAUGUGAAGAGGUCUUUGGAAUUUGGAAGGAUCAAGUACUAAUUCGGAGACAUAUCUCAAGAUAUGACAGGCUUUAUUUGUAUGACCCUAUAACCAAGGAAAGGGGAAAGUUGCUUCGGAAACCUGAUGAAAAGAACUAUUAUGGUUAUGGUCAACUAGUCAAUUAUGUGGAGAGCCUAGCUUUAGUCUAAACUACUAUCGAGUUGUGGAUCGAUUAGCUAGGAACUUACAAAUGAACCAAGUACUUUUCUUCAAUAUUCAUUUGGCAUAGGGCUUGUAACUAAUACAGUUGAGUUGUUUCUACGUACGUAGAAGUUGCAUUGAGGUCUUCAUCUGUUGUAUUGCUGAUAAUGAUAAAGCAGAAGCACUUUCAUCGUGUCCCAUAUGAUAUUCUCAUGAAUCGUACUAAUUUAGUUAGGGACCCUUGU